AAAAUUUGUCAGAAGCAGUCAUCACAAACAAUUAUCACGUUCUGGGAAGGAUCUGAAGCAAGCUUCCAAAUUCAGAAACCCUAAUUAAUGCUACCAAAUCGCUGCAUUCAUCAAUUUCUACACCAUUGACAUCUACCUAACCUGUGUUUGGUGCGCGCACACUUUUCACCACAUUAAUUCCAACAUUAGAGAACUGGGCCAAAUAUAAAUGCAUUUGCAGCAUCUGAAUUGGGUACCCUGCAAAAUGGCUGUUGCUCACCAAUAUCUUAAUUUUUUCCCACCUCAGAUUCGCUCUUCAUCAUUUAAUCGCCAACUUGUAUCGAGGAAUAUAAAAAAUUCAUUCCUUUAUUCGCCAGUUAAUAUUAAUUGCUCAGUGUUUGUACCUUCUGCUUUGGCCAAUUCAAAUAAUCACGCACCCGUGUCAUCUUUUAGUCAGUUGAUAGAGGGUUUGAUAAGUGGGGUGGACUUAUCGGAAGCUGAAGCAGAGGCUUCUCUCGAUUUCUUGCUGAAUGGUGCUGAUGAAGCUUUGAUUAGUGCCUUUCUUGUGUUGUUGAGAGCUAAGGGAGAAACUUAUGAAGAAUGUGUUACUAUCAAGCAGGUGGUUGGACUGGCUAGGGCGAUGAUAAAACAUUGUACCAAAGUGACAGGAUUGAAUGAUGCAGUUGACAUUGUUGGAACGGGUGGUGAUGGUGCAAACACGGUGAACAUAUCGACCGGAGCUUCGAUACUUGCUGCAGCUUGUGGUGCAAAAAUUGCUAAGCAAGGGAAUCGGUCAAGCUCGUCUGCUUGUGGAAGUGCUGACGUACUGGAAGCAUUGGGGGUCGCAAUCGACUUGGACCCAGAGGGGGUAUCGAGAUGUGUGAUUGAAACUGGGAUUGGUUUCAUGAUGGCUCCUAUGUAUCACCCGGCAAUGAAAAUCGUUAGACCUAUCAGGAAAAAGCUGAAAGUAAAGACUGUAUUCAAUAUCUUGGGCCCAAUGUUAAAUCCUGCAGGAGUUCCUUUUGCCGUAGUUGGGGUAUACGAAGAAAAUCUAGUUCAUAAGAUGGCAAAAGCACUUCAACGGUUUGGUAUGAAGCGAGCAUUAAUUGUUCACUCUGAGGGCCUUGAUGAGAUCAGUCCCCUUGGUCCUGGACUAGUCCUUGAUGUUACCCCAGAAAAGAUAGAAAAGUUCUCAUUUGAUCCAUUGGAUUUUGGGAUCCCUCGCUGCUCUAUAGACGAUCUGAGAGGCGGAGAUCCAGAAUACAAUGCAAAUGUACUAAAUCGUGUGCUAUCAGGAGAAAAGGGGUCCAUAGCUGAUGCGUUGGUGCUAAAUGCAGCAGCAGCUCUCUUGGUCAGUGGACAUGUAACCAAUCUAGCCGAUGGAGUGGAAGUGGCUCGUGAAACACAUCUAUCCGGGAAAGCUACCAAGACCCUUGAUCUAUGGAAAAAAUUCUCCAAUAUAGUGAAAGAAGAUGCAUUGAGGGCGACCCUGUAAGGACAUAACUUUUAGUGUGUGUUUGAACCACAUUAUUUUUAACGAAUGUAUUUUGAAAUAAUAGAUUGAUGGAGUGCAUGGUUAUAAAAUAAGGAAAAAUUUUGAAUUUAUGU